UUGACUGUCUAUCUCUACAGCCAACAUCCAUUUGCUACCUGCCUCUGUCCUUUGUCAUUACAUCCAGAGGCACGUCCUGCCUCCGACUCCCACACCAGCCAACCCAGGGAUCCAGAGAAACAAACUCUGCUGUAGGGCAUAGCUGAGAUAUCAACAUGACACAAGAGAUAGAAGACACCGAGAAUCUGAUGCCCACUGAGAGGAAGUCCUUCUGGAGGACACCUGAGGAGAGACGGAUGUCUGACCUUACCCGGGUGCUGGAGUGGCUGGAACGGAGGCAGGGCAAGAAGCGAGCCCUUCAGAAAAAGAAAGAGGAGGCAAAGGGUGCAGAAGAGAAGGGUGCAGACAAAAAAACCACAGGCACCAAGAAGAAGCCAGACAAAGGCAGCCGCAGAGUGACCUUCAACAAGAGCUUCCUACGCCCUGUCAGUAAGAAGGACAUCAUCAGUUCCCGCAAGGGGAGUGAAACUGACACGAAGGGCAAGCGUCUGAGCUUAAUCUCUACCUCCUACGGCAGGGACAUGAAGAAGUCUGGUGCAUCUGGAUCCAGAAGAGCCUCAGAGAUCACAGACAUAGACAUCAAGGAUGUCAUAGCCCUAGAAACCAACAGUCGGGUAAGUUCUUUCCGAAGACAAAGCACUAUAGAUCCCGCAUUUCAGGACAGUAUGUUUGGCAGCCGGAGGGCAGGCCUCCUGAGAGAAUGGUCAAGCAAGGCUCCUGACAACAACUAUGAACGCAAGCUGAAGAGCCUCAUGGAGAAGGGCCUCGAGCCCAAGAUGGAGAGCGCCAAGAUGCUGAAGCCAGAGGAGGUGCUGAGCUGCCGGUACCUGCGUUUGUCCAAGAACAACAUCAAGACCUUGAUCAAGCUGUGCAAGGAUGCGGGGAUGGAUGUGGACAUCCACCCUCACAUGGUGGAGGCCGAGAUAGAUGCAAAGAAGAUAUUCGGACAUCGAUUAAGUGUAGCACUCUAGCUGCACUGCCCACUGGAGAAUCAUCUCAUGAAGGCUGAGCACCCUGCUAGCUAGUUUCUGUAGACCAUACCAAGCGAAUAAGUCAAAUGCAUCACCACUAGCUGAUGUCAGCUCUGUCCUCAGCUUUACUUUGCAUCAACUGGGUUGUAACUGGGAAGAGAGCUCCCUUAGAGGAACCUUGCAGGGCAUUCGCCUGUAUUCCAAUGCAGGUGGAAGCAGGGGGAUGGAGGGUUCAAGUUCAGUGCCAGCUUGGGACUCCAUGACACCCUGUCUAAAACACCAAAGUGGGGAGAGGGAGUACAAAGUUUUUGUUAAUUCUUAGUAGAGAAUUCUUCUUGAGCAAGAAAAUGGGGCUUCAAGUCCCUAGGAGAAGUUGAGCAGCUGUCUGGAGACACCUAUCACUGCCCUCUGAAGGACAUCGGCGUAUGGAGAACUGGCCCUCGUGUAUAGGCCUGAGGUUGGUGGCUGAAGUUCCUCUCUUGCAAGAACUGACUUCAUGAUAACUGCUCUUGCUGUCCCAGUCCCCUGCUGCCCUAACUGUGCUUAGGGUCGAUUUGCUAUACAGCUCACUGACACGACUCCUUAGUUAACCUGCAAAUGAUCCCUUCCUUUGAUGAACACUUUCUCCAAGAAA